UUUGGAAGUAACAGGACCUCUUUCUAGCUCUCAGAAAAGUCUGGGGAGAAAGGAGCCCUGCGUUUUCCCCCAAGCUGUGCCUCAGAUACAGUGAUGAUGGAUUGCGAGUGCAAACUGUAAGACGAAAACUCCGGCAUACAAAGAACAAUGACAACCAGAAAGCUCCAACCGGAUCCUGCCCUUUCCUUGAAAGGAACUGGAGCCUAGGAGGUGAAGGCAUUUCCAAUUUUUAGUCCUUUGCCUCCCUCUGCUGUUCCUCUUGAGAAGUUUUCCCUUACAACAAUGAGAAAUCAUGUACUAGCUGCAUCCUUUUCUAUGCUCUCACUGCUGGCGCUGAUGGGAGAUACAGACAGCUCAUUCAUGAUGGACUCCGAUCCUCGACGCUGCAUGAGGCACCACUAUGUCGAUUCUAUCAGUCACCCGUUGUACAAGUGUAGCUCCAAGAUGGUACUCCUGGCCCGGUGCGAGGGGCACUGCAGCCAGGCGUCACGCUCCGAGCCCUUGGUCUCCUUCAGCACUGUCCUCAAGCAGCCCUUCCGUUCCUCCUGUCACUGCUGCCGGCCCCAGACGUCCAAGCUGAAGGCACUGCGGCUGCGCUGCUCUGGGGGCAUGCGACUCACGGCCACCUACCGGUACAUCCUCUCCUGUCACUGCGAGGAGUGCAGCUCCUGA